AAAAAAAAAAAGCCGUCUAGGAUAAUGACUCGGGAAAGCUGAUCUGGCCUUUCCUACGACCGUGGCAGUGGCAAGAGGAGGACCAGGCAGGCUCCAGAGAUGGGAAUUUCCCCCUGAGAGGGCGAGGCGAGAUCGCGUCCCGUAAAAAAACGCCCCUCCCAGCAGCAAGUGAAACCGAAAGGACAGCUGCGUGUCGGCGAAGCUUGAGAGACAGGGUCUUUAGGCGGCAGCUCUUUCGUUGGGUUGUUUCCUCGUCUUCCUGGGGAAAAUCCUACGGCUCCCUUGCGCUGCUUUCCGCACCAGGACGCGCCUGCGGCGCGCGCCGGAUCAUCGUCCCACGACCAGGAUUGCGUGCCGGGUUCCCCCACUUUCUCUCCUCCCUAAACUUCCAAGAAAGGAUUGUGUAGCGGCCGGGACGGAGGAAGGGCAUACAGAUUCCUCAGUGUCCCCAGUCUCCUUCCUGGCCUGGUUUUGACCAGAGCUCACCCAAGCAUCAUGGAAGAGCCAAUGUGCCUGAUCGAGAACAACCCCAAUGAACAGCUGCGGGUCAACCAGGAAGCCCUGAAGAUCUUGCAGAGCAUCCAGCAGCCCGUGGUGGUGGUGGCCAUCGUGGGACUGUACCGCACUGGCAAGUCCUACCUCAUGAACAAGUUGGCAGGAAAGGACAAAGGAGGUUUCUCUCUGGGACCCACAGUGCAAGCAGCCACCAGAGGUAUCUGGAUGUGGUGUUGCUCGCAUCCCCUGAAGCCUGACCACACCCUGGUGCUAUUGGACACGGAAGGGCUGGGUGAUGUCGAGAAGAGCAACCCUGAGAACGAUGCAUGGAUAUUUGCCCUCUCCAUUCUGCUUAGCAGCACCUUUGUCUACAACAGUAUGCACACCAUCGACCAGUAUGCUCUGGAGAAACUGCACUACGUGUCUGAAUUAACUGAGCAUAUCAAGGUGAAAACAUCGGCCGGGCAGAGCAGUAACAGAUAUUAUGGGAUGCCUGAUGACUUCGCCUUCUUCUUCCCAACCUUCGUCUGGACUGUGCGGGAUUUCACACUGCAGCUGGAGCUGGAUGGGUGCCCUAUUUCAGAGGACGAGUAUCUGGAGCACGCCUUGAAGAUGAAGAAAGAUGCCCCCGAAAAGCAAGAUCUUCCUAAGAAAUUCCUGCGGCAGUAUUUCCCCAACCGCAAGUGCUUUGCCUUUGAAUGCCCAGCCUCGCGGAAAGACUUGGCCGUCUUGGAGGACCUCCCGGAAUCGAGGCUGAGCGCAGAGUUCGUGAAGCAAACACACUGCUUCUGCAGCUACAUUUAUGAGAACGCCCAGGCCAAAGUGAUCCAGGGAGUGAUCCUGACUGGGACAGCCCUGGGGAGCCUAGUGGAGACUUAUGUGGACUCCAUCCGCAACGGAUGCAUGCCUUGCAUCGAGAAUGCUGUGGUUGCCUUGGCUCAGAUCGAGAACCAGGCUGCCACGAAGGAUGCUCUGAACCGCUAUGAGGCAAUGGUGGACCUCAUGUUGAUGCCUCCCACUGAGGACGUCGCAGAGGUUCUGCAAGUGCACGCUGUUUGUGAAGAGGAGGCCAUUCGAGUGUUCCUGGCCCGUGCCUUCAAGGACGAAGACCAAGCGCACCAGAGAGAACUAGGGAGGCAACUACAAGAAAAACUUCAAGAGUUGUGCACUCGCAACGAGCAGGCAUCAUCAGACCGAUGCCUGGCUGUGCUCCUGGAGCUAUUCCAAGAAAUGGAGGAGAGGAUUAGCAAUGGGGGAUAUGCAGUGCCUGGUGGCUAUCAAAGGUUCCUCGAGGACCAGAAGAAAGUAGUGGAGAAAUAUUACCUGGCGCCUGAGAAGGGAGUAAUGGCUUCCCAAGCCCUGCAAGAUUUCCUGGAAUCCAAGGAGACAGCAGCCCAGUCCAUUCUGCAGGCUGACCAGACCCUGACGGACAAACAGAAGGAGCUUGAAGUGGAGAAAGCCCGGGCUGAGGCUGCCAGGCGGGAAGCUGAGGUCCAAAGACGGAUGCAAGAACAGACCGAGCAGAUGAUGCGGGAAAAGGAUCGGAGCUAUGAGGAGCACAAGCGCCAGUUGUUUGCCAAGAUGGAUGAAGACAGGAGGGCCCUCCUGGCUGCAAAUGAGAGAUUGUUGAACCAGAAGCUCCAGGAGCAGAGGCGUCUUCAGCAAGAAGGGUACCAGCAGGAAUUCUCAAAGCUUCAGUCUCAGGUCCAGAGCUUGGAGUCUCAGAUACAGCAACAGAGGAGCCAGAGAAGAAGCUCUAGAGGAUGUGUGAUCGCUUGAGGACUGCAUCUCUGAACAGCCCCGAUGGACUGAGUGAACGAAGGGGAAUUCUGGCCUGGCCUCAGGGCUGUGGAUGAGGUUCAGCUGGGAUGGGAAAAGGAGAGAGCUCUACUUUGUACCACUUUUUUUAAAAAAAAAUUUAAUUAAAUUUUCCGAAUUAACAAUUCAAUCAUAUCACAUUAAAUACUCCAAAUUAUACAUAUACAUAUCCAAAUAUUCUGCCAAAUUAUAUAUUUUUUCUUCUCGGGACUCCCCACGCGUCAAGGUUUGGAAUCACUGCAUUUCCUGAUUCACCAAUGUCGCUCUAUUUCAUUCUGUUGUUCUCCUCCAUUCUUUCACAGCCUCUGAGUUGUUUCCACAAAUGAGUUGAAGCCAAUAAUAUGUUUCUCUGAGUAUUUUAUAUCAAUCUGAGUCCCUUCCAUAAAUUUGCAGUAUCUUUCCACACACCAGUAUUUCUGCCGCAUCAGUCUUUUCAUUGUUGGCAGCCGCCAUCUUACAUAGUUCCAAUAACUCCAAUCUAAGCAUCUGCUCCAUAAUUUCCCUGAGCCGGUUACAUCAAACAUUAGCCUUUCCAGGGGAGAUUUGCCAAAUCACGUAAGGGUAUAGGUAUAAUCACAUAUUAUACUUUGUACCACUUUUAAUAGAUGUUUGCAGUAUGCCUAUGUACGUGUACAUGGUAAAAAAAUGCUGCAUUUUCAAAAGAGCCGGGAUAGGUCCCGGAAUGGAGGUUUCUGUGCAAAGAUUAAGAGUACAGCGGUACCUCUGGUUACGAACUUAAUUCGUUCUGGAGGUCUGUUCUUAAUCUGAAACAGUUCUUAACCUGAGGUACCACUUUAGCUAAUGGGGCCUCCCACUAUUGCCGCCGCACGAUUUCUGUUCUCAUCUUGAGGUAAAGUUCUUAACCUGAGGUACUACUUCCGGGUUAGCGGAGUCUGCAACCCGAAGUGUUUGUAAACCCAAGGUGUUUGUAACCCAAGGUACCACUGUAUUGCAUCCAGGCUUACAAUGCAGUCCUGCAAAGUAAGUCCUGUUGCAUUUAGUGCGGCUUCCUCCAAAGCAGUUAGGGUCGUGUUUAGAGUAGGUGAAGCCAGUGGGACUUCAACUAACAUGAUUUCAACAAGUUUACUCUAAGGCUGUAGUUGUAAUCUCAUUGACUUUAAAAGGACAUGCUUUUGAGUAGGCCUGGUUAGGAUUGCAUCCUAAGCUGGGCUCCAACCCAAAGUUUUCAGCUUAAAAUUAUCUGAAGGCAAGUUAAGUGUGUGGAAAACUUAUUUGGUUUAGAUGUUAGGAAGUGAGCACUGAUUUUUCCAUCUGUCCAUGAAACUCAGAUGGAUGGGUUUUAGGGAAUGGGAAAUAGGGGUCAUCCACCACCAUCCCACUAAGGGCAUCCUUUAACUCGGGCAAAUUCACUGCACCUGUGUACUGACUUCUGUUCUAAACAAUUACCUGUGUCCGUGUUGAGUGAAUCAGUCUUCAGGGGGCGUUUACAGUGUUGUCUAUGGUUGUACACUUAACUGCAUUUUGAUAUGGAUGGUGCUAAUAUAAAACCAGAUGGUUGGAUCCAUCUCUUAGGAAGCUGCCUGAUAGUCAGAUCAGUGGUCCAUUUGAUUUUGUCUGCACUGACUGGCAGCAGCUCUCUGAGGUUUCAGAUAUGGACAUUCCCAGCCCUGUCUGGAGAUGCUAGGAAUUGAACCGGCGACCUUCUGCAUGCUAAGCAGCUCCUAUAUCACUGAGCUACGCCUUUGCCCCUCUCCCACGUUGCUAAUAACAUUCAGAAUCAGCUGUGUGAUGGGGCUGUUGCUGCCCAGUCCACAUGUAGGAAGCAGCUAAGGUGGAGAAAUCCCUCAUAUUUGUCUCGUGGUGCUGUGUGCUAUGAACUGGUCUGCAGCCAAAGAUGAGUAAAUGUGUAGCUGCUGCUGUGCUUUUGCAACCUCUGAAUUCCUCACCCCCAAACCCAGAUUCCUGGCAUCCCUCCACCCACCAGUGAUCUGCACUAUUGACAAGGGAAGGAAUCUAUUCAGUUGCAGUCAGUUUGCUGGACUCGGGCUGCUGCCACGUCUUUUGAGCUGAACCCCCUCCCCCCUUGUGCAGAAUAAUUUUUUGGGGGGGUCUUAUUCAUGCUUAUUCUCAAAGUAUUGCAAUGUUACAAUGAAAAUUGUAAUGAAAGUGCAUGAAGUGCUUGUGUGUUUCAGUAUUUUUUUAAAUAAAAAAUAAAAGCUGUCUUUGAGUACGCCUGCUUUGUUUCUAGUCUCUUCAACUAACAACUUCUUUUUAAAAGUUUUUAUUUUGGAGAGCUGUUGUACCAGCCAGCGUUGCCAAUUCUAUCCCAUUCCAGGAAAUCGGGCAAUCAACACUCUUGCCAAGGGAAGAGGGGGAAAGAGUCCAGUGAUCUCAGUACUGCUCACAGGUUUUGUGUUGGGAAGCCAUUAUUUCCCAAGGUUAGGAUACCGUGU